CGCUAGCUCGGGGGUGGGGGUGGGUGUGGGGGCUGGAGAUAUUUGGCCUUGCGGGGGUGUCCAGCGAGCUUGUGCGCGGAUGUGGUGAGGAGUUCAGUUUUGAACAGGAAGCUGUUAAAUACAGCCCCCCUGCAGCCUCUCGCCACUCUAGCACCUUUCAGGAGCCCUGCCGACAUGGAAGUACUCCGGCGGCCCAUCAGAUAAAGGUGAUGACUGUCUUCCUCAGCCAGCAAGAGGCUGGCUUGGCCGUAGCAUCCCUGCUUUCCCUAGGGGUCCUGUGUGUCAUGUGUCUAAGCUGUCGUAAGAAACCUAGGAUUAUUCGUGAAGAAAACGUCAUUUAUGGCCAGCAACUGGUCCGUGGAGGUCGUAGGUUUACCGUAUUACGAUCCAAAACCGUUCGACUGACCGCGACGCCAGGAGACCUACCGCCUACCCCACGGGAGUCGAGGAUCUGUGCUACUGCAGCAGCUGCUGACGACCAACCCAACUAUCAAAAUAUUCAUAAAUCUCAUUUGAAUGAAUUUGACAACAUGUAUGUGAAUCCGAUUCCAAACUUGGUCUACCAGAACGUAACAAAGCCUGGUCCAAACAAGGAUGAGGACUCAUAUUCAUACGAAAAUGUGUUCCCUACUCUACAGAACGCUGUUAAUGAAGACUCUGAGAGUUCCGAUUAUGCAAACACCAGCUUCCUGGAAGAAAUGAAACAGGAAGAGGAGCCAGAUUACGUGAACACUGAAGAAAAUAAUACCUGACAGUACGCCACCCCCCACCCCACCCCAGUCCAAGAUAUCGCAAGCCCGUUUACAUGAAGAGAACCAAGAGAUUGCAAAUAAUGUGUGGUGCCGAUAGGCUACGUACUCUGAAAAGAGUACCAAUAACUCCCGGAGGAACUGAAGACAGGCAAUAUUGCUACAGAAUUGAAUUAACUUGGGAAUGGUCAGACAGCUGCGGAGUGUAAUGACCAAGACUACCCGUUCAAAUCAAAUCUGCUCUGUCGACUCCAAGUGACGUACAAGCGUAAACGCAAGCCUCAUCUUCCUCGUCUUCAGGAGUUUCGUGUCGAGGUUCUGAGCCAAAUCCGAUACCAUGAAUGAUGCAUUUCGCUAAAUUAUAAGUGGCGAGUCAACGAGAACCUUGCUCGAGUGUUGAAACUGGCCUGAAAACCCCCGGCUUCUUUGUUUUCAAAAUAAAAUGUGAUUAAGAUAUA